AGAGAGAGAGAGAGUGUAGUAGAAAAAGGGGGGUUGUUGUGUGCACUUUGUCUUGGAGAGGUGUGUGGGUUGAGCGUGAUUUGAGUGAAAGAAAGAGAAGAAAGAAAGAAAGAGAGGAGAAAGUGACUUCAGGGGAAAUUACUGAAAAGAGCCGUACGUCCUUCGAGGAUUUUUUUAAGGAGGAACUGUCACUGACUGAACAUUCCUUAAGAACAUGUUGGACGUGGAGAUGGCAGAUAUCACUGACCUCUGAUGAUACAGUGCUCUCACAAAGGGGUUUAAAUGAGGAUAAGUCUGCAGUCUUGUCUUAGACUUGUUUUCUUGGUGGGACUUAAAACAGCUGUGAGGCGAUUUCAUCAGAGAAAUUUCUGCUCUCCAGGGAACACUGAAAUUUAGUUGAACUUUGCUGAAAAGCUUUUUUUUCUCCCCCUCGGAUCAAUCCAAAGGUUUUAAAGCUGACUCUAGGAAAAUAUUACAGGAUAUUUCUUUGUAUUCCUCUGCAAGUAUUUGUUUUGUUUUUUACUAAUCCACCAUAGAUUUGCACUGCUUUUAGACAACUUGUUGGCUUUUACUUGUUAGUGAAUGUUCUGAAGGAUACAAUCAGUCAACGUUGAUUAUUUUACCUCCUCAUCACUGACUAGUUUUAGUCUUCAAACAUAAAACAGGAAGAUAAAAAGACAGAGAAAGAGAUGGCACAGAAAGAAGGGGGAACAGAGCACUUCAGUAUUAAAACCGGGGGCAAUCUUGGAGCCAAAGCCAUGGCUGGGGCCCCUACAGCAGGUGGAGGAGUGGUGGUGGAGGUCAGGGAGAAGAAGGGACCCCUCCGGGCUGCGAUACCCACAAUGCCUUUCCCUAUGGCUGUCAUCUGUCUGUUUCUGAACACCUUCAUACCUGGACUUGGUACUUUUAUCUCAGCAUUCACGGUGCUGUGCGGAGCUCGCAGCGAGCUGAUUUCAGAGCGAGGUGUUUGUUGUGUGUUUUGGCUCAACGUGGCAGCAGCCCUCAUCCAGAUACUGACAGCAGUUAUCAUGGUUGGAUGGAUCAUGAGCAUCUUCUGGGGAAUGGACAUGGUCAUCCUGGCAAUUUCUGACGGCUACAGAGACCAGGGUCUUCCUCAGGACGUCUGAGAGAGGUCGCUCUCAUAUUAUCUGAUUGAUCACACGGACAGUUUGACCUCUCCCUGAAGCCUGACGGUGACCUUUGACCUUUGUGAUGACCUGUAGUUGUCUGCCUUUUUAAACGCCGGACGACAGAGAGAAGCAGAGACAUGAAAUAAGAAAGAUGAAGAAAGAAUGGAGGCGAGAAUCAGCUGACUUCUGUUGGCAAGAUGAUGCUGGUUGGUUGACAUUCGAAGACAAGGAAAAUAGUCGCAAGAAAUACAGUGUGUUUGUAUUUUGUUGAGUAAACAGUGAUUUUUGAUAUUUUUUUAUUUGUUCUAUUUGACAAAAACAUAAAUCUGCCUACAUGACAGGAUUAAAUGAAGAAAGAAGGACAAUUUAUUGUUGUAACAAACAUUAAUUCUGUAUUUUUGGCUUGUGAUCUAAUAUUUAAAACAAAAUUCUGCAAAUGCUGUACAUAAAAGGUAAGAUGUUCAACAAUGUUUCCAGAACCAGUGUAACUUUCCACUGCCAAUGAACUGGCUGCCUGGCACCGCUGCCACUUCACAUAUUUCAGUGUUUAACAUCAUUGGAUUCAUCAGACAGUGUUGCUGCCACAUGGUCUGUUUCAUUUCCAUUGUGAUACUGACACCACAUUGUGCUCUGAAAAAGAUGCAAUAUGAGUUCUCACUAUGAAACACCUUCAAUACAGUGUUUGAAAAAUAGCAGAACAUUCAUUACAAGGUUCACGUUUAAUGAAAUCAUGAUGACUUUGCCACUAAAUCUGACAAUCACCGAGCAGUUAUUCGAGCAGUGACUGAAUGUCUUCAACUGCAUCAUGUGAUCAAACUAUAAAUAGCUCUGAUACUUGAUCUGGAUGGAGGUAUUUGCAACCCAUACAGCUUACCCAUUACCCUGUAGUCACACUCUUUCUUUCCAUGCUUUACAGUAAACUCUUUUUUAACAGGCUGCAUCUCACUGCUGAUCACAAGACGUGCUUCAUCCUCAAAUUACAGGGCUGUGUUGAAAAUGACUCACGCUUCCUGAUGAUUACCUAAUUUGAAUUUUCACAGCUCUUAAACGUGUAAAUCAGUGUCAGAAAGUUGUUACACGUCAUCAGAACAUUGUAUUCUAAUUAACAAGUUCCCACUCUGCGGAAAGCAUAGUCACCACCCUGUCUGUCACAUUAUGACAAAGAUGCAAUUACAGUAAUGUCAUUUAAAUUUGUGACUGACGUCGUUAGUUUGAACAGCUAUUUUUGACUCGUUCCAGGAGGUCCAUGCAUCUAGAAAGAGUUUAAGCUGUUGAAUUCAAUCUUCUCUGUGUACAUUGUGUAUAUAUUAAAGUGUGGGUGUGAUUGAUAGCUUGCAAUAAUGGAGAAUAUAUUGUCUCAGUAUGUAUGGGAGUGUCUGUAGGUAAAUAAAGAUGGAUGAUUCUAUCGUGUACAAGACUCAAAACAUUAGAAUACCUAACACAACUGCCUGGUCCAAACAAAUCCUUUCCCAUGAUACCACCUCAGCUUUCUCAUGCGCUAUCAUUGGCUCGCUUCCCUGAAAAGUAUCCAAGAGUAUCAAAAAGUCAAAGAGCCUUAAAGUAAAAGAAUCAAACCAUUUAGCCUUAGCUGUAACACAAAUGGUGCACAAAAUCAAAAUAACUGCGAGUGUGUUUGCAGGAAAUUAGUUCAGUUCCUGCCAAACAAACUGAACGGACUCUAUUUGAUAAAAAGAUCUUACAGUACACGUGGAAAAACAGAAAUGUGGGACAGAUUCAGCAGAUAUCAUGCAACAUUUCUUGAAAAGAAGCAGAGAUGCAUUUAUUUAUAGUGAAAUCACAGAAUUGGUCGUACCUCUUGAGAAAUUCACAAACGCUUCUUCAUUAAAUGUUCUCCUAGUCAUGUAUCUCUUAGUUUUUUAAAUUAUCCCUGUAGAGUUUAAUUAUCUUAGCCAGAUGUCUUUUUUAAGCGAGCACUGCUGUGUUUUGGAUGAUGACUCCAACAUGUUUAUGUUCUGACUGUGUAUAUGUUGUAUAGUGUUCGUGUGAGACUGAUGAUGAUGCUCAUAAUGAUGAUGACUGUAAUGGUGAUGAUAUUUUUAUGCCUUACAAAUGACCAAUGUUAUCCCAUAAGUGUUUUUGUAGCAGUGAUGCUGGAGUUUCUUUGCUUUGUUUGGGUUUUGGGUGCAGUUUAUUUAGACCUGAAAUAAUUGUUUGUUUGGUUUUUUUUGGACACUUUAUUAUAACCAACCACUGCUUUGUUUGUAAUAAUGCUGGUGUUGUGUUAGCUUUUCGACUGUAGUAUGAACAUACUGCCAUGUACAGUUCCCUGCAUGCAUAGCUUUGGUGUGAAGUCACUGUAUAGUAACACAUACACACACACACACGCACACAGACUAGCUUAGCUAUU